AUGGCGAACUUUCGCCAACAAUACAUCUCCAAGCUCGUCGGCCAGGAGCAAGAGGCCAACCUGAGCGACUUGAGCAAGCUCUUGGACCCGGGUAAAGACUUCGACAUGGCCAAGAUUCGCGAAUUCACGUGGCGCUUCAAGAUACCGACUAGUCAUCGACGCGAAAUCUGGAUGAUUCUGCUCAACGUCGUGCCGCAUUACCGAGUGAACGAUGAGGAUAUGAAAAAAUGUCGUGAAGAAGAGGCCCAAGCAAUCUUCGACUGCUUACGACACACCGGAAUGCUGCAGAGCUCCUCUCAAUUUGUGCGGCCCUGGGGAAAGAAGCCAAAUUUCUUCCCUGAUGAUCUACCCACCGGCGUGAAUUUUAAGUCGUCAGAAGAAGCGCCAUCUUCUGUGGAUCUGGCGAUGAUGCUUUUAUUAGCGGAAGGGAAUAUUAGCGAGAGAUCGCUGAUCAAGUUAUAUCACCCUUAUUACUAUCAGGUAACCGAUCAUGUCCUGUUUGUUUGUGAGCAGAAGAAUUGGCGCGAUGCUUUUCAUCUAUCCCGAGGAGUGAUUGAGCUGAUGCGAAAGACUUAUCCGAAUGAUGAAGCCGUGAUGAAUACGAUUCUUGAGAUCCACAACAAGCUCACCCGACAAAUCGCUCUCAACGCAGCGCUGGUCGAGCGCAAGAUUUUUGGCGGGUUUCCGAUUCGACAUUGGUUACUUGGUGGCGGCGCCGGGCUGAUCUCAACACCGAGGGCGUUACAAUGGUUUUGGGACAAACUCCUCACCGGCGAGUCCACUCGAAUCCUGAUGCAACACCUCAUCGUCGAGUUCCUCGUGACGAUUGACAGGAAAUUCGGAGAUGACUUGAAAGCGGCCUACUCCUAUCGACUGACCGAAGAGGGAAAUAUCCGGAUUGUCAAGCGGGCGCUGGAAGAGGUCCAAAAAACGGGCGGCCGCAAAUCGACCACCGAGGUGAAGCGCCGAUUUAUCAGCAUCCCGAUGCGCGAUUUUGGCGCCCUCACAGCCAAAGAGGACAUCAACUGCACGCACGGCAUACAAUGGAUACACAAUUACUUUGGCGACUGCGUGGACAACGAGAUCAAGCUGGUCGGCUUUGCCGUCGGGCUGGUGUCGCUCGUACUCUGGAUGCUACCAAUGGUCCCGCAAUUCCUGCAAAACUACAAGAACAAAUCGUGCGAGGGGUUGACGCUGGCUUUCUUGCUGUCAUGGAUAAUCGGUGAUACGUGCAACGCCGUCGGGGCCGUCCUCACUGACCAGCAAUCGAUUCAGCAAAUCACCGGCUUCAUCUAUGUCGUCCAGGACAUCCUCGUCGCCACGCAGUACACCUACUACACGCGCAUCUACCAGAAGUUGGGCCCGUCGAGGAGAACAGUUUCAGGAUCGACAGCAACGCUUUCUUGCAUAGCCAUCGCUUCAAUUGGCUCGUACUGCUUGCUGGGGACGACGCUGGCGAGGCAGGAAUCUUCGGUCUUCAGGCAGGAGCGAUCCGUCUCGCGAGUCCUCGAGGCAACUACUGCCACCAUUUCCGCGGUAUCGGAACGACGGCUUGGGGCCCCGGACUGGUGGCCGAUUUUUGAGAGCUAUACAGAUUUGGCGGGCUACAUCAUCGGCUGCGUGGCUUCGGUCAUCUACUGCGUCGGCCGCAUCCCGCAGCUCAUCUACAACUACAAACGAAAAAGUUGCGACGGCUUGUCCCCGGCGAUGUUCUACAUCACCGUCGCCGCCAACUUCACCUACGGCCUUUCGGUGAUGCUGGCCUGCACCGGGUGGCACUAUUUUUGGAGACAUCUUCCGUGGAUCGCCGGUGCCGUCGGCUGGGGCUUCUUGGACUUCCUGGCCAUUAUGCAGCUGUUCCAGUACCGGAAGAUGGCCGCCGAAGAUCAUCACCGCGAUCGAGACAGCCUACUUGAACACGCCGACGACGACGAG